AUGGCUUCCUCAAGCAACCCUACGUCAUCUAACGCAUCUAGGGAUGUUCAUGCCGAGGACGAGUCUCCCCUGCAGCGUUUCACUAGUGAUGGGGUGGAGAAGAAACCGCAAAAGCCCAAUCACCAUAUUUAUAGGCAUUUUUGGACAUUCGAGGAUCCGACGAAAAAGGGAUUGCAGUGCAAGUGCCUUUGGUGCGAGAAAUCGUUCGCCUUCAGUAGUAGCCAGUGCACUCAGCAUCUCGCCGAAUGGAACGACGCGAACGUGCGGCGCGAUGGCGGUGUUGUUUGCGCGAAGGUUCCUAAGAGCAUUUCAGACGCCAUUCGCGGCGGGAAGGAGACAAAGAUUACGGCGCGCAAGGAUAAGGAGAGGGCUUUCGAGGCGGCGCUUACUGCGGUGAGCGGCCAUGGCGGAGCGGAACCGAAGGCAAAGAAGGGGCGGAUGGAGGAUUGGUAUGGCGAGGGGGGGGAGGCGGCGAAGCGUGCUGCCGACGAUUCGAUUUGCCUCUUCAUCACGGGGACGCGCUUGGGGGAGACUAUAUGCCAGCACCUCCUCUUCCUCAACAUGCUGCGCGCCGUGAACGCCGCCGGAACCGGCUAUGUCCCCCCCAAGCGUGGUUACGUUGGAGGCGCCGGGCUGCUGGCGUGCAAGCAGCAGAUUGAGAAGGCGUUGACGCCCAUUACGAAGACGUGGAAGGAGACUGGCAUGACGAUCGCAAGCGAUAUGAUGAGGGACAAGAGCGGGCGUGCGCAGAUGAACAUCCUCUGCAUCAACGCCAGUGGAGCGGUUUUCCAGGAGGCGGUCGACUGCAAGGCGGAGACUAAAAGCGGGGAGUUUAUCGUGAGCGUCCUGCAGCCGGUCAUCGAGAAGGUUGGACCGGAGCACGUCGUCGCGAUUUGCACGGACGGCGGCAGCAACUAUGUGUCCGCUGCCAAGCUGUUGCAGAAGAAGUACCCGCACAUUGAGUUCGUUCCCUGCGCCACUCAUGUGCUCGAUCUGCUGUUGGAGGACUUCGGCAGCAUGGCUUGGGCGCAGGAGGUCGUGCCUGCGGCGACCGACAUGAUUUCGUUCAUUCGCAGCCACACGUGGACGCGUGCCUUCCUGCGCUGUCCCGAGCUGCACGGGGAGGAGAAGUCGCUUCAGCCGCUGCGACCGGCGGGCACGCGCUUUGGGACGCAGUACAUAGCGGUGUCUCGUCUGCGUGAGAUUCGCCCUCAGCUGACGGCGAUGGUGACGCACAAGAAUUGGGAGGAGAAGGGGAGGAAGCAGCUGACUGGGAAAGACUUUGAGGCGUCGGUGUUGGAUGUGGAGUGGUGGGCAAAGGUGGAUAGAGGGGCGUGCGCAGCUGAAGGCAGGGAAGGGGGACAUGGCGACGUGGCCGUUUCCGCUUCUCCGUGCGAGCGGGGAUGGGCUACGUGGGAUGGGGUGCACACGGCGCGCAAUAACAGGUUGGGGUCGGAGAAGGUGCGCGACCUGGUGUUCGUGGCGCACAACUGGAAGGCUGUGCUCGGCCACCACGAGGGUGCAGUUGUUGCAGGGCCAAGUGGGGAAGUGAGGAAGGCGGGGGUAGUGGAGGGGAACAUUCCCACCCCUCCCCUCCCCGAGGGGUACAUGUUGGAGGAGGAUGGGGAGAGGGAGGUGGACGAGGACGACAUGAUGGUCGAUGAGUACAAGGACCAGGAUGAGAAGGAUAGCGAGGAGGACGGGGAUGAUUUUUUUGCCUGCCCGGGGGUUUUUUUUGCCUGCCCGGGACUGCGUCUUUUGGACGCAGGACGCGUCUUUCGCAUCAUAGCUCCCUCUCACCCCUCUGCUCCCUCUCACUCCUCUGCUCCCUCUCACCCCUCUGCUCCCUCUCACUCCUCUGCUCCCUCUCACCACCUCUGCUCCCUCUCACCACCUCUGCUCCCUCUUUUCCCUCUCACCGCUCUACCUCCUCCCCCUUCAGCGGUCGCCACGGCUCACAUGGCAGCAGGCGAGCGUGCGGAUCAUCGAAACGCGCGCGUGCGACUCGAUGAUGAGGCUGGGCUCGGAGUGAGGCUGGGCUCGGAGUGA